CUUUUCCGAGGUAUUUUCAAACGGGCGCACAACAGUCACACUAAAGAAAAGCCAAUAAAGAAUCGGAAUUGCGAAUUGCCAUUUGUGAUUUUGGCUUGAAUCAACAAACAAUGAAGCUGCUUCCAUUGCUUUGGCUGCUGUGCGGCCUGCUCCUGGUAGUCGCUGACCAGGAUCCACCGGUUGCCUCGACGCCCAAGGCACCCAUCGCUGUGAAUGCCACUGCUGUGAAAUCGGGAAAUGUCACUUCAGCUGCUGCUGGUGCAACAGGAAUUCCCAUUGCUGAAGGAUUGCCUGGAGUUAAGGCUCAGACCAACAACCAAUCGCCGACUAAGGCCACCAAGAUUGAGCAGCAGCCAAAGGAAGCUGAAAAGGCACCGGCAGUGCCGGAGAAUGUGGCAAAGAACAGGAAGCGCACGGAUACGGACAAUCCGAAGCCUGCAGGAAAUGCCACAGUAACUGCCGCGACACCCAAGCCGGUGGGAGUGGAGUCGAAGCCCAGUACACCUGCAGCUGCAGCAGCGGCACCGGCAGCAGCACCUGCACCAGCAUCAGCACCAGCACCUGCAGCAUCUUCCUCUAAACCAAAUGCAAACGAUACGAAGGCGGCCAAGACUGCAACCACGAAUACGGCCAAACCGACUGCAGGAUCACCGAUUGUGUCAGAGGGUCAAUCAAUGAAGGAUGUCACCAAGGCGAACAAUGCAACUGGCCACCUGGGCAGCAACAACAGCACCAUCAUCACCACCACGGUAGCCACUAAGACCACCAGUAAGACCACGCCUAAACCCACUAAGCCACCGGUGGUCUAUAGCAUGGACACGCACACCGAAUGGGAGGAGAAACAGGAGCAGGGCAAGGCCGGGGAUAAGUUGCCAUUGCCCAAACCCGCCUCCACUCUGGCAGAUCCAGUAAUGCCACAGGUGCAGGAGCUAACCGGAACGCUUUCCGAUCGUGGUGACACCAGCUAUGUGGUGCCAAUUGUGACGGUGCUACUGACCGUGCCCCUGGCCAUUGGUGUGGUGACCAUCAUGUAUCGCCGCUUCCGCGACAUGUGGAGCACUCGCCACUAUCGUCGCAUGGACUUCCUUGUGGAUGGCAUGUACAACGACUGACGAAGGCGUGGUCAGAACGGCAAAAGCGGCUGCGGCGGUGGCGGCGGCUCCUUCUCCUCCUCAUCGGCGCCAGGAACGCCACGAAUUUGUUAACCCCCGCUCGAGGAGGAGUGAAAGCCAUUUGAUAAUUAGUUGUUAAAGUUGUACGUGUUGACUCGAUGCUUGCAUCAAAUGCAAGACCUCUUGAUCCGACGCACGAAGGAGUGAGAGUGAGAGGAUGGAACUGGAGGAGAACUAGGAUAUUGCUCAGUCAAUUAAAAACGAAAGCUAUCGAAGGAAGAAUGUGGAAUUCAUCGAAAUUAUAGCAUGGCUAGGGGAAUUCCCCUCUCCAAGCGGCCAAAAUUUUAAAGUGAAACUGAUUUUAAAAGCAAAAUUAAUAUGUCGGAUUUCUUCUUUUUUUUGUGUACAUUUCUAAGCAUUUGGAUUUAUAAAGCAUUUCUACCGAAUAAGAAAAAAUUAACGCAUAGAUAUACAUUUAUAUAUGUAUAUACUUAGAGAGAGACUACUACUAUAUACACCAGAUAUUAUAUUAUUCGAAGCUGCGACCAAAUUGUAUCGAACUAUCAUCCAUCAAGCGCAAUUAGCAAUCACACUCAUUCAAUUUAGGAUCUAAACGUUAACCGUAAAGUGCCUUACGAAUCAUCAAUAUAUAUAUAUAUAUAUAUAUACAGUAUCUGAUACCAGCUCCAUUGCGAAAGGACUUUCUCUUGAUGCUUUCGAGAUGAAUUCUCCGCAUUUACUUAACUCAAAAAAUCAGAAGCAGCAGAAACCAAAAGAAAACAAAACUCAACUCACAAGCAAUUGGCCUGAAACAAGCGAAAUUAAUAACAUUACGAUAUAUAAAUAUAUUUAGUAUAUACAUAUAUUUUUGUUGUUAUCAAAUGUAACAAUUACAAUAAAGCGAAAGGCAGUCAAAUCAAA